AUGGACUCAACCGUUGUCUCCGCCAUGAAGGGCGAAAAACUGAAGGAACCAAGUCAAUGGAGGAAUUGGUUCGCACGAAUCAAGAUCUAUGCACGACAGAAGAGGGUAUGGGAACUGAUCGACCCUCACACCGCAGAAGAAGAUCUGGAAAAGCCAAUUCGCAAACCUCGAAGACCGCAAUACCCGGAGGGUGGCAACGAACUUGCGAAGAGAGAGUGGAGAGAUCGUAUGGAUAUCUACAAGCUGGACCUUGCCGAAUGGGAACAGCAAAACAAGAGCCUAGAUGCCAUCAAUGAAUGGAUCAUCUCAAAUCUGGAUCCAGUCCAUCACACCUCGAUGCUUAACUACGAAACCCCAUACGGACGGCUUGUAUAUCUUCAAACCCGAUUUGGCCGAUCAUCUGCGGCAGAAGAAGAUAUCCGUGCACAGUGGAAGCGAGUGUCAGCCUCACCACCAAAGAGGGGUUCUGAUAUCGAUCAGUGGAUCAAUGAAUGGGAUGCACUAAGAGAGCAAGGUGUAAGCCUAGACCUGCCAGAAAUGAAGAGUGCCAAUAAGGACUUCCUCCGCGCUGUUAAAGAUCUACUCCCUGUUUGGUGGCAGCUGAAAUUUGAGGCGAUCGUGCUGAACCAGGAAGAAUGGGAUACUCGCGAUUUGAUUGAAAACUUCAGAGGAAGUUAUCGUGAGCUGCACCCACAGAGCGCGAGCACUGUCAGCACUAUUUCCAAAGCAUCGUUUUCGACACUGCAAGGUUUCGAUGAAGCUAGACCAGAGCCACCGCAGGGAAAGCCGCAAGGCCAGCAAGCACAGAGAAUGAACACCAGGAAGAACUUGAUCAUGAGGACCGUACACCUGAGGGGGUGUAUGCACCGAUCACCCCGGAACCUGAGGAAGAUCCCCCUAACAGCACACUCCCUGGUUCGUUUCCUCCAGAAGUGA